AAUGUGACAAAAAUGUCACCAGAAUUUACAAAAAAUCCAUUGAAAAUCGAAAAUUUGCAAGUAGAAAAUAAUCCGACAGUACAUAACGAAACCCAGUUAAUAGAAAAUGUUAUCAAUCAAAAAUCGACGAAUAACGCAGCGUCAUCCCUGUGUAGAAUAUGCCAUACAAAUACAGCAAAUGAAUGCCUUAUAUCACCAUGUAAUUGUAAAGGAACACAAGCACACAUCCAUUUAUCCUGUUUGGAACGCUGGCUAAAUCAAUCUAGCAGAAACUAUUGCGAGCUGUGUAUGUUUAGAUAUAGCGCUAUCGAAACCAAAAGAUAUAAACUUUGGCAGAGCUUCAAAAUGUGGAUCCGACAUCCGUUGAAUAGGGCGCACGUAUGCUCGGAUUUACUUAUAGGUGUUUUAUUGACGAUGGCUACAUCGGGAUUGAUUAUGUGUAUUGUAAAAGGGUACGAAUAUUUUGUAAUGGAGGGUACGAGACUGGGAGUGCAAAAGAAGUGGAUUAUAUCAGCUAUAGUCGUGUUUUUAAUUACUGUAAUUACUGUAUUUGUUAUCACGAUGUUUGUGUUACUUAGAGACAUUAUUCUUACUUGGUAUAAGUGGUGGACGAGCACAGUAAAUAUCCAGCUAAUAUUGCCUCCUUCUUUAGAUCGUACACUCACUGGAAAAACUGAUAUAUUAAACAUUUAAAAUAUUUAAUA